UAAACGGACAGUUUGUGUUUUGGCUUGGUAGAGGACGAACGUGUGCCGGCACAAUGGCGAGCGAAGGUUGUCAAAUCUUCAACCCAGCCGAAAAGGUGGCUAAGAUAUCCCACUGCUCUUCAAUGGAGCAGUACAAACAGAUGUAUGAGAAGUCUAUUAAAGAACCGGAAGCAUUUUGGGGAGAGAUUGCCAAGGAUUUUUAUUUUGAGGAAGCUGUGACAGGCAAGUUCGUUGACUACAAUUUUGACACAACGAACGGGAAAAUUUUCAUUCGGUGGUUAGCAGGCGCCAAGACCAACAUCUGUUACAACUGCUUAGACCGACAUGUGGCAGCAGGCAAAGGAGAUCAAGUGGCAUUUUACUGGGUAGGCAAUGACCCUGCCGAUGCCGAGGAAGUGACCUACGCUGACCUGCUGAAGGAAGUAUGUCGCCUGGCCAACUACCUGAAGUCCAAGGGUGUGGCCAAGGGCGACAAGGUGGCCAUCUACAUGCCCAUGAUCAAGGAACUGGUGGUGGCCAUGCUUGCUGUGGCCCGCAUAGGCGCGGUCCCAUUCCAUUGUGACCUUGUUCCGAUGCCCCUUGGAGUGACCUCGUGUGUCUCGCCCAGUGUCAUCUCCUCGAGGCACUCACAGUAUAAAGAAUCGAAAACGGCCGAAGUUCGCACCCUCUUUCUCACCCGAAGCGCGGAAUGGCGGCUCAAAAAAGGGAGCGAGGGCUUGGAGCUCGAUAUGAAGCGCGGCAGGAAUUUGGAGGGGAUCGCCGGUGAUCAGGUCCCGGAUGUGGAUGGCUUGGGGAACGGUGUAGAGCUCUCUUGUGAUGCCCAGGAUGAUGCAUAUGGUGUCCCUGGAGUCCUUGUGAUGUCCAUUUCUUUGCCAAGAGCUUUGACAACGUAG